AGGACUGAAACUGAGAAGUGCAGCAGACGACUUGCAGGGCUUCUUUUUAAACACAGAAAGCGAAGCUUCUCUUUUUCCUUGUUAUUAUUACUCACUUGGAACUCUUGGCCUCAAUUCUUUCGUACCAUCUUUCCCCUGGGCUCUUUGCAGUCUCAGAACCAACCCACACAGAUACACGUAAAAACACUCCCUCCCCCUAGGAGAAAACAGAAAAGAAAAGAAGGAGAAACAGAGAGAUGGAGUUUGAGCUUGGAGACCCACUAACAAGCUUCCAAGAGCAUCAAUCUGAUACUAUCCCAGAUCUCUUCGCCUCUGAAUCUGAUCACAUGCUAUCGCAGGAAUUCUUAAGCGGUUUCAAAACCAGUGAUUUCCACGUUUCUUUCCGCCGCGAAGCCAUUUCUUAUAUCUUGCAGCGUUCCCGCAACAUGGACCCGUUCAUACCCUACCUUGCUAUCAAUUACAUGAAUCGGUUCAUUUCAAAGCAAGACAUCCCGCUGGAAAAGCCGUGGAUGCUGAGACUCCUCGCAUCGUCAUGCCUCUCUCUCGCUGCAAAGAUGAAGAGCAUUCCCUUCCUGCCCUCUGAUUUCAAGGGAGAAGAGGAUUGCUGCUUUGAGACGCAGGCAAUAAAUAAGAUGGAACUUCUAAUACUUGACGCUCUGGAUUGGCGAAUGAGAUCAUUGACACCUUUCCCAUUUCUGUACUUCUUUAUGUCCAUUUUCCAACUCAAAGACCCACCAUUGAGACAAGAUCUCAAACUUCGAGCAAUAGAGAUCAUCUUCCAAGCCCAUAAUGAAAUUGAGCUUCUAAAGCACAAACCCUCGAUUAUUGCGGCAUCCGCGCUUCUUUCUGCAUCCUAUGAGUUGUUCCCAUUGCAAUUCCCUUCUUUUAAAGCUUCGAUUUUGACUUGUAAAUUCGUAAAUAAAGAGAACUUCAUGAAAUGCUUCAAUGGGAUGCAAAAAAUGGUGGUGGAAGUGGAAAGGUGCGAGUCAACGUUAGAUACGGUGGCGAGCGCAAGGACCCCAGUGAGCGUGUUGGACCGCGGUUGCACCCAUUGGGAAUGCGAGAAUAUCAACAACGUAAGUAACAACACUGGGGACAGAAAAUAGAAACAUCAAGCGGCGGAAUUGAAUGGUGUCUGCUUCAAGAUAACGCAGAUUAAGCAGAGCUGAUCGGACUGAGGAUAAUAAAUUCACUGGUGGAGCCCUCUGUACUACUCUGUUCUGACAAAAGAAAACAGAACAAAAAGGAGAGGGAAUGGUGAGGCUCGUUCCCCCAGUGGGGAAAAAUAGAAGAAUAUUUUCAAAUGGUUCAUGGGGUUUUUUUUAGCUAGAAGGCAUUUGACUGAGACCAUAUUUUAAAAUUGAAUACUCCUUCGUCUUCUUGAA